CCGGCGUUUGGUGACGGCGGUGUUGUCCGAGGUUCUGUAACUGGGGUUCCAGUCCGGAUCCCGUUCGGCUUUUCUCUGGCCUGGUUCCGGACCUAAACACGGCCCGGCACAUUCCGGGUUAGGCUGCCGCGGUAACUCUGCUGGCCGCCAUGCACGACGCCUUCGAGCCGGUGCCGAUCCUAGAAAAGCUGCCUCUACAGAUCGACUGCCUGGCUGCUUGGGAGGAAUGGCUUCUUGUUGGAACCAAACAAGGACAUCUUCUUCUCUACAGGAUUCGAAGGGACAUUGGUUGCAACAGGUUUGAAGUGACACUAGAGAAGUCCAAUAAGAACUUCUCCAAAAAGAUUCAACAGAUCCAUGUGGUUUCCCAGUUUAAGAUUCUGGUCAGUUUGUUAGAAAAUAACAUUUAUGUCCACGACCUAUUGACAUUUCAACAAAUCACUACAGUCUCAAAGGCAAAGGGAGCUUCGCUGUUCACAUGUGACCUCCAGCACACAGAGACCGGUGAGGAGGUGUUGCGCAUGUGUGUGGCUGUGAAAAAGAAGCUGCAGCUGUAUUUCUGGAAGGACAGGGAAUUUCAUGAAUUGCAGGGGGACUUUAGUGUACCAGAUGUGCCCAAGUCCAUGGCCUGGUGUGAAAAUUCUAUCUGUGUGGGUUUCAAGAGAGACUACUACCUAAUAAGGGUGGAUGGAAAGGGGUCCAUCAAAGAGCUCUUUCCAACAGGAAAACAGCUGGAGCCCUUAGUUGCACCUCUGGCAGAUGGAAAAGUGGCCGUGGGUCAGGAUGAUCUCACGGUGGUACUCAACGAGGAGGGGAUCUGCACACAGAAGUGUGCCCUGAACUGGACAGACAUACCAGUGGCCAUGGAGCACCAGCCUCCUUACAUCAUUGCAGUGUUGCCUCGAUACGUGGAGAUCCGAACCCUGGAGCCAAGGCUUCUGGUCCAGAGCAUUGAAUUGCAGAGGCCCCGCUUCAUUACCUCAGGAGGAUCAAACAUUAUCUAUGUGGCCAGCAAUCAUUUUGUUUGGAGACUCAUUCCUGUGCCCAUGGCAACCCAAAUCCAACAGCUUCUCCAGGACAAGCAGUUUGAAUUGGCUCUGCAGCUUGCAGAAAUGAAAGAUGAUUCUGACAGUGAAAAGCAGCAGCAGAUCCAUCAUAUCAAGAACUUGUAUGCCUUCAACCUCUUCUGCCAGAAGCGUUUUGAUGAGUCCAUGCAGGUCUUUGCUAAGCUUGGCACAGAUCCUACCCAUGUGAUGGGCUUGUACCCGGACUUGCUGCCCACAGACUACCGGAAGCAGCUGCAAUACCCUAACCCACUGCCCGUGCUCUCCGGAGCUGAGCUGGAGAAGGCUCACUUAGCUCUGAUUGACUACUUGACACAGAAACGAAGUCAAUUGGUAAAGAAGCUAAAUGACUCUGAUCACCAGUCUAGCACCUCCCCGCUCAUGGAAGGCACUCCCACCAUCAAAUCCAAGAAGAAACUGUUGCAAAUCAUUGACACCACUCUGCUCAAGUGCUACCUCCAUACGAAUGUGGCCCUGGUGGCCCCCUUGCUGCGCCUGGAGAACAAUCACUGCCACAUCGAAGAGAGCGAGCACGUGCUGAAGAAGGCCCACAAGUACAGUGAGCUAAUAAUCCUGUAUGAGAAGAAGGGGCUCCACGAGAAAGCUCUGCAGGUACUGGUGGACCAGUCCAAGAAAGCAAACUCUCCUCUGAAGGGCCAUGAGCGGACGGUGCAAUAUCUGCAACAUCUGGGCACAGAAAACCUGCAUUUGAUUUUUUCCUACUCGGUGUGGGUGCUGAGAGACUUCCCAGAGGAUGGCCUGAAGAUAUUUACUGAAGACCUCCCGGAGGUGGAGUCUCUGCCGCGAGACCGAGUGCUUGGCUUCUUAAUAGAGAAUUUUAAGGGUCUGGCUAUUCCUUAUCUGGAACAUAUCAUCCACGUUUGGGAGGAGACAGGCUCUCGGUUCCACAACUGCCUAAUCCAGCUGUACUGUGAGAAGGUGCAAGGUCUGAUGAAGGAGUAUCUGCUGUCCUUCCCUGAAGGCAAAACUCCAGUCCCUGCUGGAGAGGAGAAAGGUGAGCUGGGAGAAUACCGACAGAAGCUCCUUAUGUUCUUGGAGAUUUCCGGCUACUAUGAUCCAGCCCGGCUCAUCUGUGACUUUCCUUUUGAUGGCCUCUUGGAAGAACGUGCUCUCCUGCUGGGACGCAUGGGGAAACAUGAGCAAGCUCUCUUCAUCUAUGUCCACAUCCUGAAGGAUACAAGGAUGGCUGAGGAGUACUGCCACAAGCAUUAUGACCAAAGCAAAGAUGGCUACAAAGAUGUGUAUCUGUCCCUGCUCCGGAUGUACCUGUCACCUCCCAGUGUUCACUGCCUGGGGCCAAUAAAACUGGAACUGCUGGAGCCACAAGCCAAUCUCCAGGCCGCCCUGCAGGUCCUCGAGCUGCACCAUAGCAAGCUGGAUACCACCAAGGCCAUCAACCUUCUGCCAGCAAACACUCAAAUUAAUGACAUACGCAUCUUUCUGGAAAAAGUCUUGGAAGAAAAUGCACAAAAGAAACGGUUCAAUCAAGUGCUCAAGAACCUUCUCCAUGCAGAAUUCCUGAGGGUCCAGGAAGAGCGGAUUUUACAUCAGCAGGUGAAGUGCAUCAUCACGGAGGAGAAGGUGUGCAUGGUGUGUAAGAAGAAGAUUGGGAACAGUGCAUUUGCAAGAUACCCCAAUGGCGUGGUCGUGCACUACUUCUGUUCCAAAGGAGUAAACCCGGCUGACACCUGAGCCCAGCAUGCCAAGGAUUCAGCAGAACGACAGCCUGGCUAUCAAACAGGAAGGAGCACUGGCCUCAGUAACUGGGCAGCUGCUACCACCAGGUGUCUCCCCAUUUCGACACUACUGGCUACUUUGCACCCUGGAACAUCUUUGAAUUCAUCAGACUUGUGGUCUGGUGUUUUGCCAGCUUUUCAAGAAACAGAGAUUAGUUACACCUUACAUACCAUUAUGUUGCAGGCAAUUCUAGAGAAUUUAAUACCUGCCUGGACAGGAGUUGGUGGGAAAGGGCACUGUCUUCCCUUUGCAUACCAAUCACUUGAGUAAGGAAACUGUCCUGAGUGUUCGUAACCUCAGGUUGUUUAUUCACAGUUUUCUGUUAAGACACAUGCUGGACUUAAGGGGCCACCAGCAUGGCUGCCUGGAGCCCCGUGAGGGGUUUGGUGCUAGGGCUCCCCCAGCCACGAAGGCCAAACGCUCUUUCUCUGGAUAAUGAGUCAUUUCUCCGUCAUCACUGUGCCCCGUGCCCCCCACCCCAGUAAUCUCCCUGCUUGUCCCUUUAUUUUUCAGUCUCUAUUUCUUUCUAUUUAUCUUCUUUGUUUCUCAAGAACCACCUCACCCUGGCUUUCUCACCCAUUUUCCUGGCACUGGGAAUAACUAAUACUUAAAGCAAGGUAAAAUGAGAAACAAGGGGAAGUCUCAGUGUGUAGGAAUACAUUGAUAAGUGAUUGCCAGAUAUGUUGUAAAUAGAUCCUCCUUGGACUGUAAGCUCUAGGCCCAGAAGCUUAGCCUCAGUGUCCUUCUCUGUCCCCUUGGGCCAAGUAUAAUGGGAGCUCUAAGGACAGACUGCACUAGGCACAUGACCUUGUAGGCAGAUGUCCACAGGGCUCCCGCUCCCAGUCACCCACCAGCCACCCAGAGCAUGUCGGUGUAGCCUCUGUCUGGAAAGCUGUGUGCUUUGGGCUCCCUUCUUUUUCCAGCUGGUUUUACCCGCUUACCUCACAGCUUGCCUGGGCCAUCGGUCUCCAGUUUUGUUUUGCAGAGGCUGGAGGACUGUCCUGGGGUGUUGUGUUGGAGGUGGGUGGAUCUCUGCUACACACAGGGACCAGUCAAAUCAGGAACUGACAGGUACAUGCUGUCAGGCCUGCUCAGGUGGUGCCAGAGGACAGCCAAGUGUGCUGCAGGAGGCUGGAGCAGCCUGUGGGGUUAGGAAAUACAUCACCGCCACCAUUCAUCGAGCACUUGUGGACACCCUGUAGGCAGAGGACACAGGACGAGCCACCCUCGGGGUUUUGUAGACAAAACAGUCCUAUUGCCCCAGUGUCUUUAAUGGUAGUGAGGGUGGGUGACAGUGCCCAACACUGACACUGCUUUAUGGCCUGGCCAGGACAUGCUGUGAUCCCUUUAAAACCACAGCACCACACUGUUUUGGCCUGAGUUGUGGUAGACGAGGCUCCUGUGAGCCAUACUGUCCAUGGAUGGUCUGAGGGACAGUGUGUGGUCAUCAGCAUUCACAGACACAUGGGGAUCUCCUGUACUUAACAAGAGCUACAUCCGGCUGGCCACGCCCACUCAUGAGAGGCUCUGCUGCCCUUGGCCCUGUUUGCCAGCUCAGAGGAACUUCCUUUGGGAGCAGCAGUAAAGUCGUUGGGCCAGCCCUCUGCUGUACAGCAGAAACUUGCCCCACCACACAAAGCCUGCCUUCCUGGCCUGCCGUGUUUAUAUCUUCCAUUCCCACUACCUGUGUGGCACAUGUGUUUGAAGCAAUAGAAUAAAAAAUGUGUGUUUUCUCCCUUCUGGAAAACAUGAACAACCCAGUUUUCCCCAACUCCAUUCUUCUUUCCCUGGACUCUCUCUGCCCCGCAUGGAGGUAUGGAGAAAGCUCCAGGUGAAAGGUCUGUAGUGAGGACUGAUGAGGAUCUCAUAAUAAACACCAUAAAGUAAGAAACUA